UUUAACAAUCAGAAAUAAAGCGCACCGUUACUUGCCAUCUCACACUUUUUUUUCUCUUUACUCCUCCCUGUCUCCCCCCGCUGCGUGUCCCCUGCCCUGUCGCCGAGCCAUUCGAUUCCUCUCCGCUGCCCCCAAGCGAGUCGCCGCCAUUUCGCCGAUUCCCGGCCGCUGCCUAGGGUUUUGGUGCCAGCGCGGUCGGAGGGUUGUGCCUGUGGGUCGCGUUCCCAGUGUCGCGCGCGGUGGCCGAAGGUGGAGGGAGGAGCGGUUCUCCGGAGAGGAGGUGGAGGUGGUGGCUGCGGAGUGCGGUCUCCACGGAGCGAGUCUACCAGAUGCCGCCGCGGUCUUUGAGGAGGUAGUGUGGCCGUGUGGAGUGAAUAGGUGGUGGUGGUGGUGGCGGCGGCGGCAGCGGGACUGGCGGAGGCAGCCAUGUUUUUCAGCAGGCUCGAUGACUCGCCCAUGUUCAGGAAGCAGAUGCAAUCACUUGAAGAAGGUGCUGAAUUGCUACGAGAGAGAUGUUUAAAGUUUCACAAAGGUUGUCGAAAAUACACGGAAGGACUAGGGGAAGCAUAUGAUGGAGAUAUUGCAUUCGCAAGCUCACUUGAAACAUUUGGAGGGGGGCAUAAUGAUCCAAUCAGUGUCACAUUUGGAGGGCCUGUCAUGACCAAAUUUACAAUUGCUUUAAGAGAAAUUGGAACAUACAAGGAAGUAUUGCGCUCCCAGGUUGAGCACAUGCUAAAUGACAAGCUGCUCCAGUUUGUGGACAUUGAUUUACAUGAAAUGAAGGAUGCUAGGAAACGUUUUGACAAGGCUACCCUUCUUUAUGACCAGGCACGUGAAAAGUAUUUGUCCUUGAAGAAAGGUACAAGGACUGACGUAGCAACUGCAGUAGAGGAUGAGCUUCACAGUGCUAGGUCUUUAUUUGAGCAAGCUCGUUUCAAUCUGGUGACUGCACUUUCAAAUAUCGAGGCUAAGAAAAGGUUUGAAUUUUUGGAGGCUGUUAGUGGGACAAUGGAUGCUCAUCUUCGUUAUUUCAAACAAGGAUAUGAACUACUACAUCAGAUGGAACCGUAUAUCAAUCAAGUUCUUGCUUUUGCACAACAAUCAAGAGAAAGGUCUAACUAUGAGCAGGCUGCUCUUCUUGAGAGGAUGCAAGAGUUCAAACGACAAAUUGAUCGUGAAAGUCGGUGGUCACCAAAUGGAAUGAAUGAUUCUCCUAACGGUGAUGGAAUACAAACAAUAGGUAGAAGUUCACAUAAGAUGAUUGAGGAAGCAAUGCAGUCAGCUUCAAAGGGCAAGGUUCAGACCAUUCGCCAAGGCUAUCUAUCUAAGAGAUCUUCAAACUUGAGAGGUGAUUGGAAAAGGAGGUUCUUUGUCCUCGACAGUCGAGGAAUGUUGUACUAUUAUCGCAAGCAGAACAGUAGACCAUCUAGUGGAUAUUCUAACCAAAGAACUAGCAUUCCCUCAGAACAUGGUUCUGGGUUGCUCAGCAGAUGGUUCUCUUCUCAUUAUCAUGGAGGCGUGCAUGAUGAGAAAUCGGUUGCACGUCAUACUGUAAACUUGCUAACAUCGACCAUUAAAGUUGAUGCAGACCAAUCAGAUCUGCGGUUCUGCUUCAGAAUAAUUUCUCCCACAAAGAACUACACGUUGCAGGCAGAGAGUGCAAUGGAUCAGAUGGAUUGGAUUGAAAAAAUUACCGGCGUCAUUGCUUCUUUGCUGAGCUCCCAGUCUCCUGAACGACAUCUUAUAUCAAGUCCUAAGGGCAGCAGUCAUCAUCGAACUGCCAGCUCAAGCAGUUCAUUCAGUAGCUCAACAGAACUUGAACAUUCAAUAAGUGAAGAUUGUAUGCUGGAAAAAAACUCAGGAAGUGGUUAUUUCGAGCAUUCUGCAAGAGUUGCACAGCAUCACCGAACAAGCAUGAUGAAACCUGACAAGCCAAUUGACUUGCUUAGGAAGGUGGCUGGCAAUAAUUGCUGUGCUGAUUGUGGUGCUUCGGAGCCUGAUUGGGCAUCCCUGAACCUUGGAAUUCUUUUAUGCAUAGAGUGUUCGGGGGUACACAGAAAUAUGGGUGUGCAUAUAUCUAAGGUAAGAUCCCUGACGCUUGAUGUCAGGGUUUGGGAGCAAUCUGUAAUCAAUCUCUUUCAGUCAAUAGGCAACACUUUUGCCAAUUCUGUCUGGGAAGAAAUGUUACCUUCAUCAAGCUGUGUUGACCAUGGUGAUAUUUCAAGGGCUGAUGGAUUAGAAAACAUGUCGCAUGGCUUUGCACCCAAGAAGCCUAAACAAUCUGAUUCUAUUGCAGUGAAGGAGAAAUUUAUUCAUGCCAAGUAUGCUGAGAAGGAUUUCGUGCGGAAACAUAACAUGGAUGGGAUUCAACUUGCAGAACAGAUGUGGGACAAUGUAAGUUCGAACAACAAGAAGGGGGUGUACAGCUUGAUCGUGGGGUCAAAUGCCGACGUAAAUUUUUCCUAUGGUCAUACAUCAUUCAAUUCGGCUUUGACUCUGGGAAAAGCUCUCCUCCUACAAGAGCAAUCAGCCUCUCCAUCUAACGGAAGCUCUAGAUGUUUUGACCGCAAUCCACUCGAGAAGGGUUGUACCGGGGAUUCUGUUUCUCCUGCCAGCACAAGCGCCCGUAUAGACGGGCCGGACGAUUAUGUUGAAGGAUUAUCUUUGCUCCAUCUAGCAUGCCGCGCCGCGGACCUGGGCAUGGUUGAGCUGCUCUUGCAGUACGGCGCCAAUGUAAACUCCACAGAUUCAAGAGGGCGGACGCCGCUUCAUCACAGCAUCAUGAAAGGGCGACAUGUGUACGCCAAGCUACUGCUUUCCAGGGGCGCCGAUUCUCAAGCCGCGGAUCGAGAUGGUAGGACAGCGUUACAGUAUGCAAUCGACAGCGGAACCAUAGAGGACGAAGAGAUCCUUGUUUUGCUAGAGGACCCAAGUAGAUAAAUCACGUAGGUGUAGUAGUCCAAGUCUCGAGUUCCUGCCGUCCUGCGGUGGUGCAUUGUGGCUGCCUUUUGCAGUCACCUGGCACACACAGGGUCCGAGGAUGCCUUGCUAGUAUUCAGUCUCUGCCUUUGUGGCAAGAGGAAGUUAUAGUUUUUCUAGGUCUGUCUGCGGUUUUGGUCGCGCUUAGGGUAAAAGUGGCCUGUUUGUCGUGGAUGCAGUUUGCAAGUUGUUGGUUUGCCUUUGUUUGCAGAUGUCGCAGUGUACACUUGGGAAGUGGCUGCCAUUGUUGCGACUGAUGUACAUAUAGCGAUGUCUGAUACAGGUUAUUUAUGCAAGAAUUUAGAUCGGUGAAAAAAA